UCUGGUCAUUGUCGCGCGGGCUACCACCACAUUUCCGUUUCGUCUACUCACCGUCCAAUCAGAAUCAGACGACACCGACGGACGUGAAGUAAUCAGUGAUCGCAGCGCGCGCAAGCGAGACGACGAAGAGACCCACGCCUACUCUGAGGUUACGCAUCGCGCCAGGAAGCAUGCGUUCUACUUGAUGAGGCAUGAGCUCUCCUCUCGUGUGCCAGCCCAACAAAGCUCUAGUUGUCGGAAUUGGCAUGGUCGAACGAGACCUCGAGGCUGCAUCGAUUCUUGGACAGUUGGCGGGAACGAGCGCGUUGAGUGUGCCUGUGAGUAUCAACGGAGCGCGAAAGAUGAACGCGAGCGAGUCUCAUCGAGGGAACCCCGACCCGAGUAGUGACGGGGAGAAGGAUGGCGGGAAGAGCGGCGGGUCGGCGUAUAUCAAACAGGGUGUGCGACAGUAUAUGUGUUCGUAUCCCGACUGCGGCAAGUUGUACAGCAAGUCGUCGCACGUUGCCUCGCACUACCGCACGCACACGGGCGAGCGCCCGUUCGUGUGCGACUUUCCCGACUGCGGGCGCCGCUUCACGCGCAGCGACGAGCUGACGAGACACAAGAGGAAGCACAAUGGCUUCAAGCCUCACGUGUGUGACCAAUGCAAUCGUGCAUUUUCUCGUUCAGACCACUUAGCGUCCCAUAAACGUACCCACACUGGUGAAAAGCCGUACCAGUGUCCACUAGUUGACUGUCAGAAACGCUUCACUCGUUCCGAUGAGCUGCACAGGCAUUUGAAGAUGCAUGAGCGUCGCCGCCAACGGGCGGACACGCCUCAACUUCUAGAGACGACAUUAUCACAAUCACAGUCACAAUCACAAACUCAGGAAUCUAAACCUCAACCUGAACAAAGUCAGGCCAUCGUGCAGACGUCACAGCCGGUAACGAUAGUCAUGCCUGCAGUACAUGGAGAGGUGAUAGUCGAAGGUGUCAUAGCAGCCGCUGAACUGUUGGCCACGACGACUACAGACAGCAGUCUCAACCUCACGCCUCACUCGCCUGCCUUUGCAGAGCAGGUGCAAGUUUCGAGUGAAGAAGUGAGAGUCGAAGUGACGGCCGAAGGCUGUACGGUCUAACUGUCUGCACUACUGCUCGAAGCCAGUAUCUGGAUUAUGUAUGUCGCUCAUACGAUUCACAAUUUGAGUUUAACUCCAUGACACAGAACGAGCUACUGAUGUUCCUUUCCCAUAUAGUCCUAAGUGUUUAGCAUAAUUUCGCAAGACUUCCUUCAUAUGUGACGAUACUGGUAGAUAACGAGUGCAAAUUUUCAACAAUGUGAUGGAUAUUUUUAUUUUUGCCAUUUGCUGACUGUAUUAUCUUUCUACGCGAUGUUGUCUGCAGAGAAUAAGAUAAUUAGCAGUCACAAA